AUGACUUGGGACCCCAGUAGCAACAAGACCUGUCAGAUCCUCAAGGCUGCCGAAGAAGGCGGCUAUGGCGUCGUCGCGCCCAUUGCAUACAACAUUGAAAACAUCCUCUCCUUCAUCCAGGCCGCCGAGGCCAAGCGUUCGCCCCUCAUCAUCCAGCUCUUCCCCUGGGCCAUCACCUUCUCCAACGGCCUGCUGGUCCACGCCGCCGCCCACGCUGCUAGGCACGCCAACGUGCCCGUCUCCGUGCACCUGGACCAUGCACAGGACGAGGCGAUGAUCCGCCACGCUGCAGACCACCUGCCCCUUGACUCGAUCAUGGUCGACAUGAGCCACUACGAGAUGGACGAGAACCUGGCCAGGACGAGAGUGCUGGUCCAGUACUGCCACGAUCGGGGCAUCGCGACAGAGGCAGAGCCAGGGCGCAUCGAGGGUGGGGAGGAUGGCAUCGCCGAUACGGCCGACCUCGAGGGCGCGUUGACGACGGCCGAGCAGGUGGAAGAUUUUAUCGCGACGGGCAUCGACUUUUUGGCGCCGGCGUUUGGAAACGUGCAUGGCGAGUAUGGCAAAAGGGGCCCCGUGCUGGACUGGGACCGCAUCGACAUGAUCAGGAGGGCGGCCAAUGGGCGCGUGCGCAUCGCUCUGCACGGCACCAAUGACUUUCCCGAGGACGUCAUGAAGCGCUGCAUCGCGUCUGGUGUCGCCAAGGUCAACGUCAACAAGUUGGUGCUGGAUGACUAUCUGGUGCAUGUCAAGGAGAAGGCGGCCAAGUUGAGCUUGACACAAUUCAUGGAGGGAGGGGUGACAGAGGGACGGCGGCUGACAGAGUGGCAGAUGGACGUGUGUGGGUCGACAGGGAGGGCGUAG